AGUCAGCGAUCAGUUCGCGGCAGACUGCGUGCGCGAGCGCAGCUCAUCAGUUCAAAUUUAGAACACGUUCUAAACUCGUACGUUUACGUUCCACGAAUAAAAACAAAAAGAAAGUGCUUCCUAGAUUAAAUUAGAAUUUAAAAGGACAUGGCAAUACUUAGCACGAGACUGUGGUGGGUGGUCGCGGCUGUGCUGGUGGCCACAACAAACACACAAGCGAGAAAUGUCACACACGAAGACAUCCGGGACGCGAUGAUGUCCCUUGUCCACAUGUUCCGAAUAUCAGAAGACAAGCUAGAGAGACACGAGUACCGGGAGAAGGCGCUCGGAGAACAACUCAAGAAGAUGCUGUUAGGCUUAGAGAAGAAGCACAGAAACUUGGAAACUUUAAAAGGCACGAUAUCUCGGCUCGACGAUAGAUUGUAUAAUGUGGAGAACAUAUUUUUACAGAAGGAAGAAAGAGAAAAGGAAACACAAAGGAAGACGAACGAAGCGCUAGAUGAGAUAAAGACGUCUUUAAAAACGUUAACAGCCUACGUGACUACUAAUUUAAAGCCCGCCUCUACCAAAGAACUUGACAACAGAGUGAACCCCAAAGAAGAAUUGUUGAACAGUAGGUUAGAUGCCACUGAUGCAAAAUUGGAUACAAUAAAGAAAGAAGUGGAAGCUUUGAAGAACAGCUUAAGCAAGGAUGCACUCAGAAACAUGUGCUUAGACGUAGCACUAGAAAUGAAUCCGUUCGAGAGGCACAUAUCGGACGCGGAGAAACUCCUCAACAAAUACGAAGUGAAGCUGAACGAACUGAACGGAAACGCCAGCAAGGUCCAGACCGACUUCGUGCCGCUCAGCGAAAUCGCGCUCGCUGACGAGGCUUGGCAUAGCAAAAUGACUGAAGUGAUGGAGCGUCAAGAGAAGAGCAUCAACAAGAUUCAGCAGUUGCUGUCAGACGCGGAGAGCAUGUGGAAGGACCUGCCUCGCACCGCAGACCUGCAGAGAAACGCCAACCACACACUCGACGGUCUCCGGGAACUGCAACACAACCUCACUGGAAACCAGGAUAAGGCUGUCACCAAAAUUAACCUGAAACUACGCGAGAUGGGCGACCGCUUGGUGGCCACCAACGAGGACAUCCAGCAGAGCCUCACGCAGGGCAACACCAUGAGCGAGCGCGCUUACAACGACAUACAACACAGCUACGAAAGCUUGCGAGGAGAGGUACAAGCUUUCUCCAAAAACGAGCACGUGUUGUUGCAAACAGCGGACAACUUGAUGGGUAUCAAGAAGCGGCUCGAGUACGGCGUCCAGCAGAUAUCGCUCAUCAUGAUACAGAGCAGUCAACUCAACAAGACUCUGAACGAUAGAUUGGACGUCCUAGAGUCACAGAUCACCACGAACCAAACGUUUGCUCUGAGCAACCUCACAAGCAAGAUCGACUCGCAGAUGUCUCAGGUGUGGCGGCAGAUCGGCAUAGUGUACCAACAGCUCACUGCUAGCCGCACCGCACUGGACGGCCUCACUGUACAAACUGCGCGAUACGUUAAUGGAACUACCACCACGUUGGAUGGCAUGAAAACUAAAGUGGAGAGCAUAACAGAUCGUAUGCUGGAGGUGGACAGCAAUCUGAACUACUUGCUCGGGAGACUGUCGCUCGUCACUCAGGAGUUUGGUCAGAUCAAGACUGGACUGGGCGAAGCACUGGAGAAGGCAAAGAGUAGCUUCCAAGAUGUUAAAACAAAAUUAGAAGAUAGUGGACCCGGACCCCACGUCGCGGCUACGAUUUAAAAUAUGGUGUAAAACAGUACUGUACCUAGUUAUAAUGUACCAAAUAACGUAGAUAAUACUUACCCGUAAUUGUAAGCAAUGAGAUUCGACGACAACAAACAUCUACCACCUAAAUACGUACAUACAUAAUUUCAAAUAAUGAGGACUUUAUACCACUUAUACGGUAGACUAAAAAUGAUAAGGUAGGCUACAACAGGAACCGAGCCUUUUUAGGACUAGAGUCUUAGCCUCGCUUUAAAAAAAAAGACUCAAGUCUGGAAAAUUAUGAUUAAAGGCUCGAGUUUUAGCUACUUAUACCUGAUCAAACUAUUACUUAGAAAAUAAAAUAUUCUGUUUUCAUUAUAAUCAAAGUUGCGCUAGCCAAUCACGAUCAAUCUACCGUCAAGACUGCAGGAAGGUUAGUGAUGUGGGUAAUGAAAAUAUCGAAAAAAUACGUACAACCAUAUUUCGAUAUUUCUUUUCAUAAGAUAAUAUGCUUAUUAUGUCCACAUUCUGAUACCGUUGAGUAAAAAAAAUGAGAAUGAGAGAAUUACAAUGAUUUUGUGUAAAACAAAAAAAUUAGUUAUUUGUAUAUUUUUCUUGUAAAAAUUAAUCGAAUUACAAAUAUUGUAAACCUCGUCUUAGUGGCAUUAUGGCUGAGUUACACAGGGAAAGUGACUCGAAUACAAUUAAUAUUUUAUUUGUGGGCAUCAAUUUUAUCGCCAAACGACGCUGUAACAUAAUGUAAAGUGUUUCGCGUGAAUAUUAUAUUUUAUGAUAAAGGUUGUAAUAGUGACAGGACAAUUUCAUCUGCGAGUGUUAUUUAGUUUAAACGAAGCGUCAGCAAACAAACGCAUUUUUAAAUUAUUAAAAUAAUACAAAGGAAUGGGUAUAAGAUCAAAAAUAUUUGUCAAUAAACCGCUGCUUGCUCUAGCCAGUAAUAAAUUAAUACAUUUUCUGCAUUGCUGGCGCUGCUUCAGUUUCUCAAAAAAAAAAACGCGACUGUCUGUUCACCUUAACCAAAGGAAAACCUUCAGAUAAUAGAAUAAUAACUUAUUGUCUAAAAUAAAACUCCAUUCGACUUACUGUCUAAAAUAAAACGCAUUCAAGUAACUCUCUGUGUGUAACUUAGCCUUUACGUUAGUCGACUCGACUGAAAACAUGAAUGAAAUGGAAAUAAAAAUGCAAUAAAUUUAACUUUUGCAAAUAUUUAAUCUUCUUCAUAAUUGUGGAUCUAUAAUAUUUAUAUUGUACAAGUUUAUACAAUUAAAUUAUUGUGACUAUCCCCGGUCACAUGUGAGCUCGUUAAACCAACCGUGCGCGUGGCCCUGAGACAUUGGGUUUUGUGUUCUGUACAAUCGUAUUCAUACCAUAAAUAUUGAUCUUAAAUAAUAUACACACAAAUUAUUUGUCUGCCAUCUUUUAAUUAUAUUGGUUAAAUUUAUAAAUCCAGAUUACAACCUCACUUUUUUUCUAUGUGCAGUAUAAUUAACAAAUUAAUUACCUUAUGCUGAUAAAUAAUUAAUAUUAAAAACUCGUGCCUUAUA